GGGAAAGGCGGUUGGAGAGGGAGGGACCAGCGGUUACUCACUCCAUGGCGGCGGAAAAGGGAGGCGGCGGCGGCCUCGGCUGAAGAAAGACGGCUGGAGCGGACAGCGCAGAAAUCCCCACAAGGUUGCAGACGGCGACGGAUUUGCUUUGGGAGCCUGAGUAGCUGCUGCCACCGAGAGCCAGAGCCAUGAGCGGGUUUAACUUUGGAAGCGCCGGGGCCCCCACAGGCGGGUUCACGUUUGGCACUGCAAAGACGGCCACUACCACCCCAGCCACUGGGUUUUCUUUCUCCACCCCUGGCACCGGUGGGUUUAAUUUUGGGGCACCCUCGCAGCCAGCUGCAAGCACCGCCUCAACCAACCUGUUCACACUCACCACCCAGGCACCCACAACUCAGACCCCAACGUUCAGUUUUGGAACAACGACUUUUGCUUCUGGAGGAACAGGGUUUUCCUUAGGCAUAAACACCCCAAAGUUAAACCUGGGCAACCCCACAGCCACCCAGGCCACGGUGAACCCCAGUGCCUUUGGGCUGGGCAGCAGCACCCUUACCAAUGCCAUAGCAAGCACCUCAGGUCAGGCGGCGGCAUCUGGUGGCUUCGUGUUUGGCUCCUCAACCACCUCUGCCCCUGCGUCCACCACCUCUGGAGGGUUCUCAUUCACCGGUGGGAGCACGGCUCAGCCCGGGACCUCCAGCUUCAGUGUGUGCUCCAUGGGGAGUUCAGCACAGCCCACGGCCCUAGCCGGGCUACCCUUCACUCCAGCCACACCAGCAGCCACUGCAGCCGGAGCCACCCAGCCGGCCGCUCCUGCACCCACAGCCACCACCACCAGCACUGGGCCCGCACUCUUUGCCUCCAUUGCCACCACACCAGCCUCGUCUGCCACUCCCAGCCUCUCACUCUGCCCCCCAGCAACCUCAGCUGCAGCCCCAGGGACUGGGGCACUGGGCUUCAGUUUAAAGGCCCCUGGAACGGCUUCCAGCGCGUCUACGGUGACGUCCACUGCUGCUGCCGCCACCACCACUGCCACCGGCUUUGCCUUGAAUCUGAAACCACUGGCUCCAUCCGGGCUCCCCAGUACUGUGCCCACUGCCGGAACCGUUCCGUCUGGCCCCGGUGCAGCCUCGGGGGGCCCUACCAGCCCCGCCCUGACCUAUGCCCAGCUGGAGAGCCUGAUCAAUAAGUGGAGCCUGGAACUGGAGGACCAGGAGCGGCACUUCCUGCAACAGGCCACACAGGUCAACGCCUGGGACCGCACGCUGAUCGAGAACGGCGAGAAGAUCACCUCCCUGCACCGCGAGGUGGAGAAGGUGAAGCUAGACCAGAAGCGGCUAGACCAGGAGCUCGAUUUCAUCCUGUCACAGCAGAAGGAGCUGGAGGACCUGCUGAGCCCGCUGGAGGAGGCAGCCAAGGAGCAGAGUGGCACUAUCUACCUGCAGCAUGCCGACGAGGAGCGCGAGAAGACCUACAAGCUGGCCGAGAACAUCGACGCGCAGCUCAAGCGCAUGGCACAGGACCUCAAGGACAUCAUCGAGCACCUAAACACAGCCGGGGGCCCCGCCGACUCCAGCGACCCGCUGCAGCAGAUCUGCAAGAUCCUCAAUGCGCACAUGGACUCGCUGCAGUGGGUCGACCAAAACUCAGCCCUGCUGCAGCGGCGGGUGGAGGAAGCCAGCAAGGUGUGCGAGGGACGCCGCAAGGAGCAGGAGCGCAGCUUCCGGAUCACCUUCGACUGAUGGGCAUCUGUGGGCCACGGGGGCAGGGAAUGUGCAGUUAUGACCUGGUGUUUGAUCACUUGCUUGUUUGUUUUCCUUUCUUUCUUUCCAGUGAUUGUGCUGUUGAGCAAACUGUUCUGUGGUUUGACUUUCGCCUUAGCAGGUAGACAGCAUUUGAUGCCUAUGGUCCAGGCAGCCACCCAGUAGGUGUGGAUCCUGGGUGUAUCGUUUGUGUUUCUUCCAUUAGACCCUCUUUUGCCUCCUACUACCACCCACCUCAUCCUCAUUGCUCCAGCCACAUGAUGGCGAAGUGCCAGUUCACCUACAAACAAGUCCAGUCUCUCCACGGUUUGUCAGGUGGCCACGUGUAGUCGUAGGUACAAUGAGAAAAAGACGAAUGUUAAAAUCAUCUCCAUCCUUGGAUGUGGUAGCAGGCCAGUUUUGGAGUGUGAGAUAGGUCCAUCAGUACACGGAAGUGAGUAGGCACAGGACAGACGGUGGGGUAUGGGACUUGAGGAGAAAAGACAGGUCAGGGGAGGGACCCAAGCAGGAUACUAAGAAAAGGGUACUGUUCCAGCAAGAGUACCUUUGCCUGGCCAGCGUGCCUGUCAUCCUUGGGGCUUCCCUGAGCCAUCACCUCCUCCGGGAAGUCCUCAGCCGUCCUGCGGUGCCCCUAGCACACUGGCUUGCACCUUUGGUAACAUUUGCUGUGCUGUCUUUUGCCAACUGUGCACUCCUCUGUCUCCCUGUUAGACUGUGAGCCCCUGUAGGCAGGUACCUUCUCUUGUUCACCUUUGUGUCUUUGCACAGUUGCUGUCAACAUGUGUCAAAUGAAUGAACAGUGAAGGUGAAAGCAGGCCUAAUGGCCCACAAAAGUGCCUGCUCCGAUGGCCACAGUCGCCAGAGAUGGCCACAGACCUGUUCCAGAAUGUCCCAACGAUGAAAGCGAACCUAGUCGGUUAGAGUGAGGUUCAGCGGUGCCCAGAGGGUGGAAACCGGCCAGCCGAGUCCCAGGUGUCUUUGUUGGUCUUUACACUCUGCUGCCUUCUCUGAAAUACCUGUAAUGACUGUUCUCUCCUAAAUAAAACAAGUUUAUUGUGAAACAAAAAAAAAUUGUGAAUGUGGAUGAAUGUCAGACGGGUAGGGUUGUGGGUGAGGGAAGAGUAGUUCCCAGAAGAUGAUAG